AUGGCGGUGGUGGAUGAAUAUGGGACUUCGGCGUUGUGGGCCCGUGCCGUUUCAGAAUAUAAGGAAAAGCUUUCGCAGGACGACCUACACGCAGUUCUAAGUGUGAGCAACUCGCAAGAACUGCUGCGGCGCCUUGAAUCUUCUGAGAUCCAGAUCUCCAACCACGGCACCAGAAUGGAAAAGAUACGGAACGGCCUCGAGAAGUACAGUGUCUUUCUUUCGGUAUUCGGCUCUGCACUGCCUGAGACCUCUGCCUUGUUCUGGGGCAGUCUGGACUUUUUACAUCAAAUGUCCUCUGGAUCGCAGGUGCCUAGGCAGCUGAAAGAACUCGUCGCGAACCUGAUCGAAGACCUCUGCAGCUCCGCGCCGCGUCUACGCACAUACGAAAAGAUCUUUCGCGAUAUGACAGAGGUCGAUACAGCCCUCGCACAGCUCUAUCACGGAGUUCUGAGCUUCUUCUACGAAGUCAAUGUCUUCCUCAAACGAUGCGCCUCCCGACCCAAAAUCGCGCCGCUCCCUGAGCCCAUCCGCGUUCGAGCAAAACUGAAGGAAAUCGAAGACCUGAAGACCAAUGUGGAGAGGGAAGCAUGGGCUGCAAAUGUAGAUUUGCACUACAAAUGGCACGAGGAGAUAAAAGAUAUAUUCAGUCGGGUAUCUGUAAAACCCAAGGGCUCGCUCCCUUGCCGAAUUGUGCCAUAUCCGGUCAACCCACGCUUCGUUGGACGUCAAGAUAUACUCAAUCAGAUGAGUAUUGAUCUCGCCAUAUCCAAGCCAGAGCAGAAGUCCAUUGCAAUUCAUGGCAUGGGUGGCGUGGGCAAAACUCAGAUUGCUCUCAAGUACAUCUACGACCACCUGGAGGACUAUCCUGCGGUCUUUUGGAUGAAUGCAGACUCUCGUGCAAAACUCCAGUCAUCGUUCGUCGAUGCCGCCAGGAAAUUACAACUGAAGGAAAGUGACUCGCAACAUGACGCCGAGAGUGUUUCAAAGGUGCUUAAAGACUGGAUGGAAGAAGCUAGGGACGAGUGGCUAGUUGUGUUCGACAACGCAGAUGAUCUGGAAAUUCUGAGACCCUUCUGGCCGUCUGGAAACCGUGGAACCAUUAUCAUCACCAGCCGGAAUCACGCCGCUGCAGCACUCACAAAGAAGGGUGCCUUAGUCAAACCUCUUCCGGCAGACGACGGUGAAAGUCUGUUCAUGUCGAUUAUCACUCGCUCAGGAAGCGAAGAGCCGGACGGUGACGCUGACAUAUGGGUCCGCAAAGUCAUAGAAAAGCUUGGAUAUUUGCCACUCGCCAUUAACCAGGUCGCUCACUACAUGCUGGAAAGCGAGUGUAGUGUGGAUGACUUCUACGACAUUUAUAACGAAUCUCUAAAGUCCCAGGAGACGUUCGGCCCACUAAAAGCCACUGUGGGCGACAUGUUCUACGAGCACUCCCUGGCCACUGUGUGGAAGAUCUCACUCAAGAAGCUUUCUGAUAAUGCUGCUUCUCUGUUGGCAAUUCUAUCGUGCCUGGACCCUGACGGAAUUCCAGAGUCCCUGCUAAGAGAGGGCUCGAAAGGACAUCCGGAUCUUCUAUACCUCAGCCGUACGGUGUCAUUCAUUGAUGUUGUCAGUGAGCUUAUGCGUAAUGGUCUGAUAUCAAAGAACAUCACGCAGGUCCAGACUGGAGGGGCCUCCUUGAAUAGGCGAGGCACUCGCAGCUUAGCAGUGCACAGGCUUGUCCAAGAGACUGUCUUUCACCAACAAGACAAAGCAGCGCAGAACUCAACAUUUUCGAGUGCGGUCAAACUGUGUCUGACUGUCUAUCCGCAUCCGACCAGGUCGAACUUUCGCUUGAUGCACAGAUGGCCCGAAUGUGAGAAACUCCUCCCACACCUCCUUGCCCUGAACUCCCGAUCUCUGGACUCUACGGACCUCGAGCUCGACGCUCGCCUUGCAGAACUAUUUCUGUAUGGUAGUUGGUAUCUGUACGAAAGACGUCUCCCUGAGCUCUCUCUUCCUCUUCUCGAGACGGCCAAGAAGAUCUGCGAGAACUCUUCAACCGGUAUCGACUGGUUUCUGAAGGCAAGGACCCUGAGCUGCUUUGGGUGUGUGCUGUUUGAAUGCUCGAAGUACCAGGACUCCGAAAAGUUUUUCCGGAAAGCCCUAGAAAUACGUCUCAAAAAUGUGGAAGACAGUGAUAUCCUGUUAGCACACGGCUACCAAGAUGUCGCACUGCCAGUCACGGCCCAGGGUCGCUAUGAUGAGGCCAUCGAACUUCAGAAAAGAGCUUUGGCCGUAGUUGAACUGAACGGUGACGACUUCACGCGGAGAGACAUGACAUUCCAUAUCCACCACAACAUGGCACGUACGUACGAGGCAGCCGGUCAGCCGGAAAUGGGGUUGACAUUGCACUUCAAUCAAGGCGACGAGUUUGGCGACGGACUUCGGACCGAGAUGAGCGAAUCUGGUGCAGUGAACCUCUACGCCAUCGGUAACUGCUACCUCGCUCAGAAUAACCCCAUUGGCAUAGAAUAUCACACCAGGGCACUCAAGAUAAGAAAGCAGUUGGUUGGCGAACGAGGUUUCUAUUACGGAGUUUCUUUGCACAAGAUGGGAUGCAUCUUGUACGAAGGGGGGAACUUCGCUGAAGCUGGCGAUGCCUUCGAACAGGCUCGAGACAUCUUCAGCAACUCACUCGAUGCUCAGCGUGAGCUUGCGCGUUCCACGUAUUUUCUGUCCGUUGUCAACCGUGAGCUUGGCCAUCUCGCAGAAGCCGAUAAGCUCCUAGCAGAAGCGCAGAUGCUUAUGUGUCAAAUCACGGGAAGCAAAGCUGAGGACGGGGAUCUCAACGACAAGUUCUCCAAAUUGGUUAUAUAUAUCCAUAAUUGA